AUGAUGAGCACUUGUCACCAAUUGAGCCAAUUGGCAUCGGACUACAAAUUCAACCCCAGAGUGCCGCUGAAACUGUACUUGAAAACAUGCGUCAGUCUGUUGGAGGAAGCACAGCAAUCCUUCCAAUUGGGUAAUUUGCAACGCUCUUACGUGAUGUAUCUUCGCUAUCUGGAUCUAUGCACCAAAAAGCUGCCUGCUCACCCAGAUCUGCACACGCUCCCGCUUCAAGCUGAUCCAGACCGUGCUCUAGCCAGAGAAGGUUUCUUGCAGCUGCUGAAAUUGGAAGUUCCUGCCAUUCUCAGGAUUUCAGAAGACCUGAGGAUCCAACUUGAAAAAUCAUUUGCACAACAGGGAAAGUCGCUGGCGUCCAACGUUCCUCGACCACGAACAUUCUCUAGAGAAAAACUGGAAAAAAUCGAACUUCCGUCAACUUUUAGCGAAGCCCGAUUCAAGCAAUCCAUCUCGGUACUACAACGCAACAAUGAGAGAUCGGCAUUGGCAUUCAAUCAAAAAGAAGCAACACUCGUAUACCCCGAGCUGCCUCAACUUAGCCAUCCGUUCUAUGCAUCCUAA